GGCUGUGCAGGGCGCCCCCAGAAGUCAUGGAGGUCCUGGUCCUGGCCAGAUACCGUGCGCAGACGGAGGACGAGCUGAGUCUGGCUCCGGGGGACGUGAUCCAGCAGGUGUGCGCGGGGCCCGCUCGGGGCUGGCUGCUUGGGGAGCUGCGGGGUCGCCGUGGUCUCUUCCCCAAGCGCCUGGUGCAGGAGAUUCCCGAGGCCCUGUGGGGCGUCACCGAGUCCAGACCACGCUUUCCGCGCCGUCGCGGUCACCCUAUCAACUCUCGGGACCCCCAAAGAUGGUGCAAAGUGAACUUCAACUACAGCCCAGAGCAGGCAGACGAGCUGAAGCUUCAAACUGGGGAGAUUUUGGAAGUGAUAAAGGAGAUUGAGGACGGCUGGUGGCUGGGAAAGAAGAACGGGCAGUUGGGAGCCUUCCCAUCCAACUUUGUGGAAUUGCUGGACAGUGGGCCCCCAAGCCUUGGAAAUACAGACAUGCCUUCAAUCAUCCCUAAUUCACAGAGGCCGCCUAAGCUGAGCAACUUGACCUAUGACAGCCCUCCAGACUACCUGCGGACAGUCUCUUGCCCUGAGACCUGCAGGGUCCUAUUUGACUACCAGCCCGAGGCCCCGGAUGAGCUGGCGCUGCAGAAGGGGGACCUGGUGAAAGUUCUGAGAAAGACAACCGAGGAUAAGGGCUGGUGGGAAGGAGAAUGCCAAGGCAGAAGAGGAGUUUUUCCAGACAAUUUUGUCAUCCCACCGCCCCCAAUCAGGAAGCUGAUCCCUCGGAAAAUUAUAUCUCGGGAAUCAGCUCCUAUUAAGGAAACAAAGAAACUGAUGCCUAAAUCAUCUCUACCCACUGUAAAGAAGCCGACAGCAACGACCUCUGCACCUGGCAGGGCCAAGAUACCUUCAACACCCACUGGAGACAGCCAGAAACGCCCCUCCCGAAACUCUGGCUUCAAUGGCAGCUGCCUCACUGGGGGGCCCAGGCAGCCUGGGAGAAGGGGAUCCAGAACCCAGGCUUCCCAACAGCAUUCUGCAUCCAGUCAGGAGGAUGAACAGAAAAGCCCAGGAAAGGGUCCCUCCAGGAAUAAAACCCCCACUCCAGAGAAGACUCGGCUUCCAGAUAAAGCCCUUGACCAAGAGAAGAUCCCGGCUCCUGACAAAGUCUCCACUCCAAAGAACCCUGUUCCAGAGAAAGCCCCGGAUUCUGACAGAAUUCCCACUCCAGAGAAUACCACUCUGGACAAGGCUGCCACUCCAGAGAGCACCCUUUCUGGGGAUGAGGCAGCUAAGGAUGAUGCCUGUGACCUGAAGAUGGCCCCUCAUGAGGACAGUGCCCCUGCAUUAGUAAAGAUCUUGACCCCAGAGCACAUGAUUUUUAAAGAGGAGCCUUCAAGAGACAACACUCAAUGCCAGCACUUCUCUCAGGAAGAAACCACACAGAGGUCUGAGUCUCCUGCAUCCUCAAAUGACAUCCAGGUACCAGGAGAGUACUCCCCACAGCCUAACUCCUCAGAGAGGUCCUGCUGUCACGUGAAACAGGUGAACAGCUCCCCAGCGCAGUCCAAGGCUGAGGAUCUGUCUGGUGUGGAGGAGGCCAAUGUUUUAGAGGAGCCACUAGCCAAAGAUGAGACAACCCUACACAAGGCACCCCCCAAAAAGCUGCCUUCUGAAGAGGUGGGUCCCCAAAAGCAGGUGCCUCCUCCUAAAGAGUCAAUCCCCACUCCCCAAGUGCCACAUACUAUCAAGCAGAUUCCAGACCCUGAAGAAGCUCCCACACUUCAUCCCUUGGCCCCACUAACCUCUCUCAAAAGCCAGAACUACAGCAUGGAUGUGUUAGAGUCGUUAAAGGAGGAGGUGGGGUCGCUAAGGAGCAGGCUGGAGCUUCUGGAGUUGAAGCUGGAACAGAAGAUGGGGGACGUCUGGGAGGAGAUGAAGACUGAGAAGCUCCAGUCGCCGGAGGUUCAGAUGAUGCAGAGGAACCAGAAAUCCUUCAAACACGCACAGACACAGACGGAAACACAGACGAAAUGAGAGCAGGUUCAGGCCGAACCUCAACCCAACCUGGAGAGACAUCUAUCCUGCUUGGGCCACCCCGGUCCUUGCACACAACUUUGAGAAACUCCAUGGAAGUAAAAAACGCUGAACUCUCA